CCAUUGGCGAUCGACAGAACGAUGGAAGGGCGCGGCAAGAAAGCAUCCAAGCGAGGUGAAGGCAGCGAUGGCGGCGGCAGUAAAAGCGGCGGCAAGGGCAAGGGUGUCAGUACCAAACCCAAACGAGAAGACCGUCGUCGUGGCGCUCCGCGGGAGGAAACCCAAGGCGAAGAAGAGACAAACCUGUCCUUUAAGCGUCGAUCGUUCCCCAUCUCGCUGCGCAUGUGGGACUUCCAGCAAUGCGAUUCCAAGCGCUGCACGGGGCGCAAGUUGUGCCGCCUCGGGUACGUCACGAGCAUGAAGCCCGGCGCGCACUUCCGUGGAAUCGUGUUGUCGCCGCAUGGGACCAAGAUCGUGUCGCGCGAAGAUUUGGGGAUCGUCGAAUCGAUUGGCAUUUCCGUGAUCGACUGUUCGUGGGCUCGGAUUCAAGAAAUGGGCAUCAAGCAGAUCAAGUCGGGGACCCAUCGCUUGCUGCCCUUCCUCGUCGCGGCCAACACGGUCAACUAUGGGAAGCCUCACAAGCUGUCGUGCGUCGAAGCCAUCGCCGCGACCUUGUACAUCGUCGGCUUGGCGGACGAAGCGGUGCAGCUGAUGGACGAGUUUCCAUGGGGCAUGGAGUUCCUCAAGAUCAACGCCGACGUGUUGGACGCGUAUGCCGCCUGUGAAACCUCGGACGAAGUCGUUGCGGCCCAAGACGCGUACCUUGCAUCGUGCCAAGCAGAAGUGGACGAUCGACGGAACCGAUUGGAUCUGCCGUCUCUCAGUGACAACGACGACGACGGUAGCGAAGUCGACAGUGACGCUCACGACGACGAAGCAGAGGCUGCCAUGGUCUUCAAGAUUCACCGCCCGCAUGCUACUACCACGUUGGAUGCACCGGACGAAUACGAUCAACUGCCAGCGACCGACUGGGCUGCCGCCAAAGCGUCCGUCGCGAAAACGAAAGACGCACGUCAAGCGCUGGCAGCUGCCCGUGACCAGUCCUCCUUGCCCUCUGGUUUGUCAGAAGACCAAGGCGACGACGACGCGCUGUUUGCGGCGGCCAUGGCCAACGUCACGGACACAGUUGCGGCCGUGACGCUGGAACACACGCUGCGCGCGACGUCUGGGGAUGCCUCGUUUGCGCUCCCUCGCGAAGCGUUCGAGUCGUGGCAGUCGGACGCCGAGGCCGCCGCUUCGGCAUCCACCAGCAAGACAUCUCCUCUUCCUCCUCCUAUUCCAUCGCAUGUUGUUGGAGCCGAGUCUCCAGCACGGCAGACUAGUCUUUAGUGUUUCUGACAUGACUUGAAUAUAUACGAAAUACAAGCACGUGGUGACUUGGUG